CGGCGCCGUCUCCUGUGCUCCGAGUCCGCGACCCCACCGCCAAGACCUUAUUUUUGCCUCAUCACCUCCACGUUCCUCGUCGCGUCGACUUCAUCACCGCACUCCUCAUCAUGUCAGAACAUCUCGCGUCGUUUGCGACGCUCGGCGCGCAGGCCCUCGUGCCCAUUUUUAUCGGCUCGUUCCAGUCGCUGCGCAUUCCAGCGCCCGUGCGCGCGCGUAAGCGUGCAGCGCGGCGCGCACGCGUCAAGCUCGGCGACGAUGAAGACGACGACAUCCUCGACGAGAACGAGGGCGAAAUGCUCACGCUUGCGGAUUCCGUGCUGUUUCCCAUUCUUGGAAGCUGUGCGCUCCUUGGGAUGUGGGCGCUCAUCACGUACGUCGACCGCCGCAUACUCGACCUCCUCCUCGGCUGCUAUUUCUCCUUUGCCUCCGUCCUAGCCGUGCAGAGCACGUUCGACGGUGUGCUCAACUUCCUCCUGCGCGUGAUCGGCGCUCCCGGCCCGACGUACCAUCUCCGCGUGUCGUCCGGCAUUAAGCAGAUCGCACACAUGCCAUUCCGCCGCGCGUCGCUCAUUGCUCUCCCUUUCGCUAUCGGCCUCCCUGCCGCGUACAUCGCCCUCGGCCGCCCCUACCUCAUCAGCAACGUCCUCGCGCUCUGCCUUGCAUCAGCCGCGCUCGCACUUCUCAGGCUCGACGGCUUCCCCACCGCUGUACUCCUCCUCACUCUCCUUUUGGCCUAUGAUGUGUUCUGGGUCUUCUACACUCCCGUGAUGGUCACCGUUGCCAAAGGCAUCGAUGCGCCCAUGAAGCUUCUUGCGCCCAAGGCAGACAAGUCGUUCGCUAUGCUCGGCCUCGGCGACGUCGUCAUCCCCGGUCUCCUCAUCGCCCUCUGCCUUCGCUUCGAUUUGGCACGCCACGCGCGCCUCCGCCCGAAGGAGGACGUUGGGCCGCGCUCCUCUUUCGCCAAGCCCUACUUCUCCACUGCCAUCGCCUCUUACAUCUGCGGCUUGGGCGCCACUAUCGCCGCCAUGCUGCACUCAGGCAAGGCGCAGCCGGCUCUCCUCUACCUCUCCCCCGCGUGCAUCAUUGGCCCGCUCCUCACUGCUGCCGCUCUGGGUGAGGUGAAGGAGUGCUGGACCUGGCGCGACGAGGAGGAAGAGGAGAAGGACGAGACGAUCGAGGCGGCCAGCGAGGUCGCCAUCCUUGCCCGCCAGGAAGCCAAGGCAAAGGCUGCAGCUGCGGCUGCGACCGUCGACCCAGACGAGACCUCUGUGUCAAAUGGCGCGGCGCCAGACCACUCCGCGCCCGAUUCCGCUGCCCAGGAUGACAGCUGGAUGGACGGCACGGGGGUCGCGGGCGCUGAGGGCCCCAGAACUCGUUCUAAACGCAAGGGCGGCAAGCGCAAGUAAUCACGGCUAUGUAGACCCAUGUGCAUGAAUAGACUAUAACUACAGACUCC